CCCAUCUCCGGACUAAUGCCAUCUAAGUCAUCACUCCUCCUAUACUCCACAGUCAGGACGAUCGCCGAACGAAACCGAAAGGCGCCAUUAACUGCGGAAGAGCUAGACCCAAUUGCUCAAGCGCUUGCAACCCCGGCGACGAUUGUUGCCAUCGCCGAUAUUGAUGAUGGUGGGUGAUUGCACACUCGGCGUAAUCCAUCUACAAUGAGGUCUUAUGGCAUAUAUCCUUUACAUUUGUUGACGUUCAUUCUGCCAAUGGUAGAUGAUUGAUCCUGAUUUAUAUAGCAAUUUUACAUCUUCAUCUCCUCCCUUGCUUGAUAAUGCGUGAGACGAGACUGGCAGUCAGUGUAUGGUCCCUCCUGUGCCUUGGUGCAUGUGCAGCUCAUCCCUCAGAUGCAUCACUGUACCAGAGCAAGCUAUGGGUAGCAGGCAACAUUCGAUCAGCUAUGCUGGCUUCUAUCAGGACUAGUUGGGAACAAGGAACCGCGGCGGGAGCCAUACUCGAAUUCAAUAACCCAGAGUACUCUGUCUUUGGAUCUUCCCCAUUUGUUUCCGAUGGAAAUUUUCCCUUUUCAACUCUGCAGCUUGCUUAUAGCGCUGCUGUACGGCAAACUCCCGACGGUCGCCUCAGCCAAGAAAUCGGUGAUGCACUCGAUGGCGCUGCGUUAGAUGGCGCCUCCGCUGGCUCUGCGGUUCUUCUGGGCAGUUUGACUGACCCAUCUCGGUACAACUAUUGGCUGGACGCGGCUAACGCCCAACUGAAUUUUUUACUCAACGUAGCUCCUCGUACCUCUACUGGAGCUAUUUCCCAUCGUGUUGACUCACGUCAAUAUUGGGCUGAUGGCGUCUACAUGGGGUUCCCCUUUAUUGCAUACUUUGGGGCAGUUACCAACAACGCGACUCUCCUUCAGAUCGCAUACGAUCAAUGUCGGUUGUACCGUGAUGCUCUUAUUCUAGACGGUCCCACUGGAAAGCUCUGGGGACAUAUUUACUCCGACGAUAAUAAAACGUGGAUAGAUGAAGGUAUCUGGGGAACUGGUAAUGCAUGGGCAGCACUUGGCAUGCUACGUGUUGCUGUGACGAUUCAGAAAACUGAGCACUCUUCACAUAUGGCUUCUCAAAUUGCUUGUCUUACCUCAUGGAUCAAGGAAAUUCUGGACGGCGAGUUUGCUGCUUUGACAACAGACAAUCUGGUCCCGAACUAUAUCACCGGGGGUCCGUCUUUUCCUGAUGCAGCCUCCUCCACUGCCCUAGCCUCUGUAGCGUAUCGGGUUGCAUAUAUCUUCCCCCAGCAAUUCGGCAAGCACUACACGCAUGUGGCUGCGAAAAUACGAGACACUGUUAUAUGCAAUAUCACGAACCUUGGUACCUUGCAGCCCAUAGUGGAUCCUUUACCAGAUCCCUUUCCAUAUUGGAAUCAAACAGGACUGCUGAGUACAGAGGCACAAGCAUUUGGAUUGAUGAUGCUUUCAGCGUGGAGAGACUGGAUUGGCGCCUGAAGGUGCCAGCAAAUUCUUUUGUUUUCGGACUAUCCCUGCAUAUAAAACAACCAAAUCGUGUAAACAGACUGCCCAACAGAUGAUCACGAGACAUCCGCAGUGUUGAAUAUGUUCUUUAUCUGAUGAUGAGACACUUCAAAAAUUCAACAUUUAGGAAGCGGACGAGAUGGAUACAACAGCAAGUCGCAAGAUUCAGGUAAACAAGGUAUAUGGUCUAUUACAUUUAUGUGGCACAGCAGGUCACUUGCCAG